CAAAUCCCCCUAUAAAUACCUCCACCUUCUUCACACGCUUACUAGUUCUAUUCAUUCCUACAAACUCACAUCAAAAUCUCAAAAUUGAAAAAUCGAACAAGCUAAAAUUGAAAUUCCGCUGAAAUGGAUUGGUUUCGCGGCGAGAAAUUAGGGCGCGGAAGCUUCGCGCAGGUGAAUCUAGCGAUUCCGAGGAGCCAGAGCUCGUUUCUUCAUCCAUUAAUGGCGGUGAAAUCCUGCGGCGCUUCUCUCUCUUCGUCGCUGCUGAACGAGAAAUCGAUACUGGAGGAGCUCAAGGAUUGCCCGCAGAUCAUCCGCUACUACGGCGACAGCUAUUCCUUCGAAAACGGCGAGAAAUUGUACAAUGUGCUGCUGGAGUACGCCUCCGGCGGCUCCCUCGCCGAUUGCCUCAAAUCAGCCGGCGAUCGGACGAUUCCGGAGCCUCAAGUCCGGCGAUACACAAAGGCUUUGCUGAAAGGACUUCACUAUAUCCACAAAUUCGGCUACGUUCACUGCGAUUUGAAGCCGCAAAACAUCCUAUUAACCUCCGAUGGCGGCGUGAGGAUCGCCGAUUUCGGAUUGGCGAAGCGCGCGGGAGGCGGCGGCGAGCUGCGCGGAACGCCGUUGUAUAUGUCGCCGGAGAUGGUGGCCGGAAGCGAGCAGGGGGCGGCGGCGGAUGUUUGGGCGCUUGGAUGCGUGGUGGCGGAGAUGGCGUCGGGAUCUCCAGCGUGGAGGUGCUCCGAUUUAGCAGCGCUUCUGAUGAGGAUCGGCGUGGGCGAGGAGGUGCCUGAGAUCCCCGGGGAUUUAUCGGCGGAGGGGAGAGAUUUUGCGGAGAAGUGUUUCGUGAAAGAUCCGAGAGGGAGAUGGACGGCUGAGAUGCUUCUGAAUCAUCCGUUUGUGUGCGGUGAGGAAGAAAUGAACGGUUCUGAAGAGUUGAGAAGCGGUGAUUGGAAAAUGGCGUCGGCUUCACCUAGAUGCCCCUUUGAUUUCGAGGAGUGGUCGUGCUCUUUGACCUCGCCGGCGGAGUCGUGGUCCGUUUCAAAGGCGGAGGAGCGGCUGAGGGGAUUGGUCAAUGUCGGCGCCGAGAUUGCUCCUAAUUGGUCUUCCACAGAUGAUUGGCUCACAAUUAGGUGAUGGGUCAAGAGAUUUUAUUUUAUUUUUAAUUUUUUUAAUUUUAGGGUAGGGAAAAUUCGAAACCGGCUAUCCAAUUUUCGGUUUAAUUUAAUUUAUUAUUAAUGUAAAUAGUAGAAACAGAAGUAGUGAUAGAUUGAUGAAGCCGCAAAACAGAAAUGAUGCUUUUAGAUUGAGUAAAAUGAUAUUGCAAUUUGCAACCGUUA